GAUGGGAUCAGUCUGGUCGAACGGGAGUUGCGGCGCGUUAGUGGUGCCUGUCCUCGUUGGCGAAGAUCGUGAACGAGCUCGGCGGUGAGACGACAGGCUGUAGAAAAAUCGCUCUCGUCGGCUCCGGGCCAUCAGGCACGCGGUGUUCGCAGUGCAGUGACCGACACCAGAGCCCGAAGAACCGCAACGAUAUCCAUCAGCAAGAGUAAACGGAGGAUCGGUCCUCCGCUCUCUCGCCAUGAACGGUUUGCCGGAGAACAAUCAUCGUCAGGGUCGGUCAGCGGUGGAUUGUAAACAAACGACGAGCGCCGUUUUUCGGUAAACGUCGUUAGCACGCCAAACUCGAAAACAAGCGUAGCGCAUCACCGGCGCUUCGUUACCGACGGAGGGUGUUGUUCACCUGCGAAGAGCAUCCAGCCCAGGAUAGGCUUGCGCAGUGACGUUCGGGCCGAGCCGAUGGGUCGCGGGCAUCAUCGCGAUUGUGUGCGCGCUCGAUGUUGCUUGCGUGUGAGAUGGGUCGAUUAUAAACCCGUGAAGGGGCAAACUGUGGCGGCGAAGGCGGCGGCGGCGGCGGUGGACCAAGUCAAUGCAUAUUCCAGCCAGUGCAGGAUCGAAUAAUGCCUGAUCGCCGAGGCGUUUUGCCGGUUAUUAGAAUCGACUUGAUGGAAAAUCAAACGGACGCAAAUCUCCACUGCCAUAUAAAUUGAAAUCCGCGCCGUUAUUCACGCCACUGGUUUAAAGUUUGAAUACAGUUUAUGAUUAUCGCUUCACUGCACUCGUGUGAAAUGUAAAAAAAUCAUCUGUACACCUCGUUCCUCAAUCCGCUGACAUCCUCUGCCGCAGCGACCGUGCGAAACGGUAACCUUAUUAUGUGUGCAGUGUGAAGAACACCGAGGUUGUUAGCAUCGGUUCUUUGUGGUACGGUUUUCAAUGAUUUUUACCCUCGGUGCAGAAUGCAGCUGCUGCUGUCAGGCUGCAACUUCGUUCCUGCAUGCGCGCAUUGGUGAUCGCACACAUCCUCGUGCGUAUGAUCUGUAACGACAAGCCGGGCGUCUCUCUGUGGACCAGGAUGUGUCAACGAGCGUAAUCUCGACGCGAGCGUCGUGAAUGAGCCUGUGCCGCAAUGACUAAUCGAGGAGGAUAUUGUUCGAUACCGUGAAACAAAGAAGAGAGAAAAGUUAAAAGGUUUCCAGAUAGUGCCGCGUGGCUUACAGGAAGACGACACCCGGUUACCGAGAAACUGGAGAAAAAAUCCACGAAAAACGAACGUCGUAUAUGAGAGGAGAUUUUUCACGGGCAGGUCAUCGAUCGUGUGCGGUAACCGUGCGGGCGACAAAGAAGAAAGUGAGAGAGAAAGAGAGGGAGAGAGAAAGAUUCGUCAAAUCCUUUGUAAACGAGAGACAGGAGUGACGGCGAUAUUCAACGAACCUGUAACGAAUCUCUUGCGAUCUGACGUUUAUCUGUCAAACUUGACGUAACAACUGGAAUCUCGAAGUGUUAUCGCAGAGAAAAGACUUGAAUUAUUGGCAAUACGUCAGGAUAGUUGAAAUCAACCAAAUGCCAAUCAAUAAUUAGCUGUAUGCCUAGAGACUAUUUAUUUUCGAUUCUUUUCUUUUCUUUUCUUUUUUUUUAUACAUAGUUUAUAAUUCCUUUCUUAUAAAUGCAAUUGUACAAUCACGACGAUAAAGAUUGCCAAUAAACGACUGAAUCGUUUUAUUACACCGUCAGAUAUAAAAUUUACUACGGAUCUGCAUAAAAUAAUUCGCUUUUAUAAAACGUGUACGUCAUACGUAGCAAGACUUUGAAAAAUUAUACACGGUAAAUAAAUCUUGAUAAAAUACUACCGCGGUUAGAUACAGUGAUUUCAACCAGAGGAACUCUUGUUCAAGUGCAGUGUGAAGUGUAGAAUGGAAUAUAAUAUGGAUGAACUGGUGAUACGUUAGAAGGAUAAGCGUAGAGAAAAAUAUUUCGAGAAAGGGCGAAUAGGUAGUGAAGUAAAAAGAAAGAAAGAAAAAAAGUGGGCCUAUCGGGAAGAUAUUCGGCCGGCAGCUCUAGCAGCACGGCGCAGCUGCGCAGGCAGGAGGGCGAAAAUUUUAGGCCAAGAUGGUCAGCGGUGCUCAAACGAGGGCUGCGGCCGCGAUCUGCUUCUUCCUGCUCGUCCUCGACGCCACGGCUUCGGCCCAAACUGAGGAAACAACCGAGGAUCAACCGACGACCAUCGGCAUCGUGCCGACUACGAUAUACCUCGGUGUUUUGGAAAAGAAUCAAUCGUUGUCGGAUGACAACAACAACAACAACAACAACAAUAACACGUCACAGAUAGUGCCGACUAAACCUUUGAACUUGACCGUUCAUCAUGUCACCUCAUCAUCCAUCGAACUGUCUUGGGCCAAACCUGAGAAUGCCAACGGUAUCGUAAUGGGGUAUCGGAUCUACUACAUGCAUUCCAAUUACACGGAUGUGAAAUCCCAUAAGAACAUGGACAUGACGAAUAGCAACAUUUACUUCAACCUCAGCGAUCUCAAACCGUACACAGAGUACAAGAUAUGGGUGAAGGCCUACACUUGGAAGAACGAAGGUGAACCAUCGGACCACAUUAUUCACAAGACCGACAUCGCCGGUCCAUCGGCCCCGAAUAUACUGAAUUUGACUUGCCAAGCACAGGACGUGAUUUACUUCCAAUGGCAGAGGCCUGGCCUCUUUUGGAACUCGAUAGAUUUCUACUACAUACGAUAUCGCGUCGAGGGCACCAAUGACUUCGAGGAAAUCCCGAUAUCUGCCGACAAAGAGCACCUCGAGAGCGGAACAACGAUUCAAAACCUGUCCAUGAACACCGUCUACGAGGUUACAGUUCGCGGUGCAACGCGAAGUGUAAUCAAUCCCAACGAUAUAAUAGUCGGAGAAAGCUCACCGCGUAGGACGGUGUCGGUUGAACCAAAUUGCGACAAAAUACCACCAUCGAUGCGUCGGAGCAGCAAGGAAUUCAGCGCCGGUGUUAUAGCCGGAAUGGUAUGCGCCUGCUUCGCCGUGAUGCUCGCCAUUACAUCCUUCGUGCUAUGGAGGCCAUGUCUCAGGCCGAUGUUUAGAAAAUGCUUUCACACCGCUUACUACUACCUUGACGACCCACCGAGGAACGUUCCCACUCUACAAGACUGGGAGAACACCGAGCAGGAUGGGGAACGAACCGCUGUCGCGGUACAGAAUUUUGCCCAACACGUUGCGGCCCUGCAUGCCGACGGGGAUAUCGGGUUCAGUAAGGAGUACGAGCUCAUUCAAUCCGAGACCGGGGAUUACACGGUGGAAAAUUCACAGUACGCGGAGAACAAGACCAAAAAUCGUUACCUGAACAUUCUCGCAUAUGAUCAUACUCGGGUACAAUUGCUAUCUUGCGGAGGCGGUCCGCCAAAAAAGGGUCAGGACUAUGUUAACGCGAAUUACAUCGACGGUUGGCAACGCUCUCGAGCUUACAUCGGUACUCAAGGUCCAUUGCCGCCGACAUUCGACGCUUUUUGGCGAAUGGUCUGGGAGCAGCGGGUGUCCAUCAUUGUUAUGAUAACGAAUCUAGUCGAGCGCGGACGUCGAAAAUGUGACAUGUACUGGCCAAAGGAGGGCACGGAAACUUACGGACACAUUCAGGUGACUCUCAUGAGAGAAGACAUCAUGGCCACGUACACCGUUCGCACUCUUCACAUUCGACAUUUGAAGCAGAUUAAGAAGAAGAAAAGCGGCACCAAUAUGGGGGAGAGGACUGUUCUUCAGUAUCACUACACCGGUUGGCCAGAUCAUGGGGUGCCGGAUCACCCGCUACCAGUUCUCAGCUUCGUGCGAAAGUCAUCGAACGCCAACCCGCCGGAUGCUGGUCCGAUCAUCGUUCAUUGCAGCGCCGGAGUCGGUCGCACGGGAACUUACAUAGUGAUCGACGCGAUGUUGAAGCAAGCUAAAAGCAAGGGGGAGAUAAACGUGUUUGGAUUUUUGAAGCACAUUCGAACCCAGCGGAAUUUUUUAGUGCAAACCGAAGAACAGUACAUAUUCAUUCACGACGCUCUCCAGGAGGCUAUAGAGAGUGGAGAAACUAACAUCGAGGCCAACAGCCUGCUUCAGCACGUGCGGGACAUGCUGUGUCCGAAUAACAACAAGACCGAUCCGUGGAACUCGCUUGACGCUCAGUACAAGCUGGUCACAUCAUGGAAGCCAAAAGAUUUCAAUCUAGUCUCGGCCACGAAGCCCUGCAACGCGGUCAAAAAUCGGAACAUGGAGGCUUUGCCAAUUGAAAAUGCAAGAGUCCAUUUGACUCCGAAGCCUGGAAUUGAUGGAAGCGAUUACAUCAAUGCUACUUGGCUCGCUGGAUUCCAACGUAACCGGGAGUUCAUUUUGACUCAGCAUCCUAUGGAAAACACUAUUAUGGAAUUCUGGCAAAUGGUCUGGGACCACAAUGCUCAAACAAUUGUGAUGCUAACGCACUGCGAAGAGGACUAUCCGGAAUUCUGGCCUACCGAGGGUAAGGACUUGGAGUCUGAAACUUUUCGAGUGAGGCUUUGCGGGAUCAAGGAAACAGUGAAUGGCGUUGUUUUGCGGGAAGUUGCCGUUCGCUCAUUGCAGGACGACUACGAGUUGAGCGCGAGGAUUGUCCAAGGUCCUCUAGAUCAGGGUGGCCCCUGGCCUCACAACAACAACCCGAAACUAUUCGUCAACGUUGUGCAAGAUUUUCACCGUGAUUAUCAGAACGGUCCAAUUAUCGUGAUGGAUAGAUACGGUGGAAUCGAGGGUGGGCUCUUCGUCAUCCUAACGACGCUGAACAAGCAGCUAGAAUUCGAACAAACGGCCGACAUUUACAUGUCUGCAAAAUUACUCUAUAUGAAACGGCCGGGAAUCUUCAGAUCUAAGGAGGACUACAUCCUGCUGUACCAAUGCCUGGAGUCGAUGUUGUCACCGAAAACGCAAGCGGAACCGGACCUCUACAUGACGGCGAACGGUCACGUGACGUCGAUGAGCGAGGGAAACGAGGCGCACCUCCACCACCAUCACCACCACCACCAAACAAGCAGAGAAAACUCGAUGCAGCACAUACCCUCGGAAUUUUCGGCGAAGACACCGAUCCGGGAGUACACGACGAGCAUAGAGAUGACCGAAUACCCCCCGGAGUACGUCGCCAACAGCGUGAACGAGAGGAUCUCGAACCACGUUAACGAGCACGGGGCGUUAACCGGGUCUGUUCGAAACUCGACAGUCGCCGGGGCGAAUCCGUUGAGGAAUUCAAAUAUCUCGCAGGGCUCGGCUGAGCUCAACGGCUACGUUUCGAACGGCAGCACGCGCGUACCUCCCGAGGGGAUGGAAUCGACCUGCGUAAUCGUACCGCCAUGAUCCAAAGCCAUGGUUCGUUGCCAAGGCGCGACGACUACUCAUCGUUCCGAAAUGUUGUAACGGACGCUUCGGCUGGCAGGUGUAGAUUUUUAAACAAAGAACGCUGUUUCCUCUCCGCGAGAAACAAGUGAAAUUAUGCUGACGCGUCGGAUUCGUCGACGAACGACGAAACUAGAGACAGUCGCGUUGAUGGACGCGCACGGCUAGAUCUUAAACUCGCGAAGACAACGAACGGCGUCCAAUUUUCAGACUGACGAUGAAGUGCGCGAGGAUUUCCAUAAAUCCCGCGAAACUUUCUCUGCUAUGAUCAAUGAUCGACUGACUGGCCAGGGUUGCCGAUGUUUCGCUGUUUCAUUGUGCAGCACACCUCGUCGUAACUCGCGAGGAUUCUUGCCCGAAUGAUCAGGCGAAAUGGAUUCGUUCGACGUUGUUUGACACGAAUUGGAAAAUGUGCACAACCAUCACGGCGUGUGUAUAAACAACUGCAACGUAUCGCGACGGAGAAAGACGUGAUUCGAGAACGAGAUGUUGAUAUUUCUGGAAAUAAAUGAAUCGACCACGGCAGCCAAUCAACCAUAAACUGUGAGACUAGAGAUUUGGAACUCGUGAAAAUAUCUUCCGCACAACAACAGUGGACGCUUGGAUUGAGAAUCGGUUCCGUUGUCGAUUGUUUUAUCGUGUAAACGAAUGUUCAGUAAUAAUAUAGGGAAACUGUCGACAUCGAUGUAUUAUACGAACUAAAUUCUCGUUUUCGUUUUCUUCCCUCUCGUUGGACGCAUAGAAAAAAAAAACAAGUAUAAUGAAUACGGAAUCGUAAAAUUGGACACACGAAAGAUUACAAGUAAAGCAAAGUAACGAACUUUCCUGAUAUACAUUUUACCUCUAUUUUUACAUCAACUGCAUUCUUACAAACUUCAUAUCGUGGCAACUACACGUAUGCGUAUAUUCGACUUAAGUUGCAUAUGAAUUAACAUCGAUGAAUACACGUAACUUUAUCGCGGAUCAAAGAACAUCAAGUGACUUUUCGUUCCAAGUACACAAUAUUAGCAAACGAAUUGCUUCGGAAUAGAUUCGUGUUCCCUUAGAAGCACUCGAAUUCCCAAAUUGGUUACAAACUGCACGCCCGUUAACGUCGUGAUAGUGAAUUGCGUUCCGAUUCACCAAGUUGCCAAAGAACAAUUAAAUCAUCAAUCGAAUUUCAAUUGAUUGUCAUAGUUAUAAUAUGUAAUUAAUCGUGCGCAUCGUUGUAAUAACAAUUAAUCGAAUCAAUUGUGUUUUUUUUUUUUAUUUAUUUUAAAAAAUUUUUUUUUCAAAGUAAUAAUUAUUAGCUAAUUAUAUUUUCACGGCGGUACGCAUUGAAAAUUUACGUUGAGAGAAAAGCGAAAGAAACGAAAAUUAAAGGAAGAAAGAAAGAAGGUUACAUGCGUGCACGCAAGCUCUGUGUGUUGUAUAUAAAUAUGUACCACGUAUCUAUAUCUGUUUCUCAUUCUCUCUCUCUCUCUCUCUCUCUCUCUAUCUCUUUCACUCAUUUAUAUAAAUAUGUAUAUAGAUUUCUAAGAAAAAAAUUCGGGAGCAGCUGCGGUAAUCAGCGUGCAAAGUUCUCAUCCCAAUUAUCAUACCUACACAGGACGAUACGCGAGCAGUUUGUUUGAAGGAAAUAUGCUGCACCUGCAGCUGCCACACUGCAGCCUGUGUAUGUACAUAAAAAUCUAUACAUACGUCUAUAUAAUAUAAUUUACGUAGGCCGUCGAAUGUAUUCAUGUAUGAUAGUGUUUUGUACAUACAGUGUGAGUGACUAUUAUAUACAUAUUAAAUAAUUUUAAAUAAAAGUAAUAAAUAAAUAGUGAUAAAUUUAAGUCAAAAAUUUAGAAUGUAUGAUUGACUACGUACGUUUAUUAUGUAUAUGUACAUUGUACAUACCUAUACAUGUAUACGUCUAAACUGCUUGGUUACUGUUUUUAAAACUUCAACGAUUUUUCAUAAUCAAAUUGCGAUUAUACUUUUAUUUAAAAAUUCCUAGUCGGCGUAUUAUAAUAAUAAUAAUCAUAACUACAACAACAAUAAUAAUAACGGUAAUAAUAAUAACGAUAACAAUCGUUUUAUUGUUACAGAAUAUUGUACAUCGCUAUUUAUGUUAUUAAAUUCUUAUCAAAUUUGUCUCACAAUUAAUUUUAUUUUGUAAUAAAUUUUUCAACUCUCUUUUCGUUCAUAAUGAAAACGAUUUGAUUCUUCGGAUUUUUUCAAUUUAGGUAUGAAAAAAAGAUUGUUGUAAAGCUUCUCGUGAAACAAUUUCUAAUAAAAACAAAGCUGCAAGUGAAGAAGCUUCUAUGAAACACAAAAAGAAAAUUGAAAAAAUUGAAAAAAAUAUAUAGUAAGAUGUAAACACUCUAAAAUUCAAACUAAGUUUUGAUGUUAUUAUUAAAUUUUUACGGGAGUUUAAAGAAAAAUUGAUGUAAAAUUGUAUAACUUAUAUAACAUGUAAGUAUGAUAUACCUAAUAUGUAUAACUUUGAUAAAUUUAAAUGAGAUUUAAUCUAAUCUAUGCAAUUUGAACGAAAUAUUUAUGGAAAAUGAGGCUAUAUAUAUAUAUUAGACCUGUCCUUAAGAAGGGCAAAAUCGAAUUUUAAUGGUCUUACCCCCCACAUUGGUUCGAAAUAAUUCAAAAAAAACGUCCGAAUUUUAAAAAAAAUUUCACUCCAUAUUUACCCGUGCCUAGGAAGCCUUACUUUUUCCCAUAAGAUAAGCCAUGGUUUUUCGGGAUUUUUAAUCGUUUUUUUACCGCUGCCGUAAUUAUCAGCCAAAAAAUCGCUAAUUCUCAGAAAAUGUUGACAGUUGUGUUACCUUUUUGUCCAAUUUUUUGGAAGUCGAUACAAGCAUUUUUGGGCUACAUUUUGGGUAUAUAUAUUAUAUAUAUAUGUAGACCUGGAAUGUCUUGAACGGUUUUUUUUUUUCUUUCCAAAAGAUAUUAUUAUUAUCAUUGUUAUCAUUAAAUAAUCGAGUUCAAUUCAUGCGGGAUUGUAUUAAUCAUCGUAGACUCGAUUGUACUUCGCUUUUCUACCAAAUCAUUGACAUCGUCACAACACCGUAUUAAUUUUCUUCGUUUUAUAACGAUCUUGAAGUAAAUUUUUACUUUUUCAAUCGCUCGUAAUUGGAUACAACAGUGAAUGUGGGUGGAGGAAAAGUUAAUGUCUUUAACAAAACAAGAAAAUGCCAUGGUGAAAAAAAAAAAAUUUACAAUUAUACAUUUCAAGUACCGCCCAUGUUCGAAACUCGUUAUGAAAGACAACGUAUAUUGUAUAUUUUCUAUUUGUUGCGAAGCAUAUGCCCAUACACACACAAACACAUAAAUAUUACAAUAAAUCACCGAUGCAAAAUGCGUAGAGACAGCAUUUAAUCGAGCCAGUCGAAGAAAUAGAGACUCAAAUUUUUUUUAUACGACAUUGUACUCUACGGCACACGUUAUGUUGAUUGUUGUAAUUACUAUAUAAUAAUAGAAUAAUAUAUAGAGAAAUUAAUAACAAUGUGAACGUAGGCGUUAAUUAUUAUAUAGAUAAAUGAAGGAUAUAGAAAUUCUAUUGUGGUGUCGUCGGUAAGAUAAUUUCAAAUUUUAUAACACACAAACAUACGUGGAUUAUAACUUUUCUUGUGUUAUAAUUCGACAAUAUUAUUUGCUUUCUAUUUGAAAAAAAAUUUUUUAUUUUUUCUCUUCCUCAUCUUUUUACCCAUAGUUUACUUGUAAUUUUCAAAUUUCAUUUUACUCACAACGAAUCCUCACGCGUCUGUCGUACGACGAUUUAGUUACAAUCUGCAAUUUGAACUACGAAUUAAGGAUUCAACAAAUGGGCAUUUAAUUUAUGAAAAUACGUGCAUUUCCGGAUCGAAGCCUCAGACUAGAUUCACGUUUUCAUGCAUUCCGACAUUUACUUCAAACUCAAAAUAUAUUCUCCGGAUAAUGUGAAGCAGAAAAAAGAAAAAAAAAGAAAAAAAAUUACAAAACGUUCACAUUAUCGAAGAGUUUCUAUGUUGAUGUCACACUAUUCCAGCCGAGGGGAGGUGCUUUCGAAGACUGAAAAACAAAGAAAAAAAAAAAAAAAGAAAUGAAAA